AGACGAUGGAAUUUUGAAUGAAUUGCGCUCCAACGUUCAAAAUGAAAUUAGGAUCCACGUGAUUCAUCAAACGGUCACAAUUCCUCGUGUGAAAAUCUUUAAACUUCGAUUUAGCCAUCACAGAUUCUCGUUUUCCUUUCUUUUCGUGGCACUAUAAAUAUGAGGGGUAAACAUUGUUUACAAUUCGCCACAUUUAAAUUUUUUUUCCUUUCUCUCGUCAUCAUCAUACCUUCCUGUCUACGUGAAGCAAACAGAACAAGCCCCAUGUCUGUUUUGCAAACUUUAGUUUUUCUUUUUCCAUGAUAGAACAUAAAUUUCCCCUUUUUCUGGUUUUCUCCCAUUCAAAGUUCAUCCUGUCAGAUCCUGCAUCAGUGGGAAAGCCCUAUAUAUUUUGCAAAAAAAUUCUCUGAUUUGAUCAAGACCCACCUUCCAAAAUGCAGAUUCUGAUUUGGGUUUUUAAAGUUCUACUCGUUUGUUAUACUUCUACUCUAGGAGUGUUUCCAUUUCCACCAUUGUCAUUAGCUGAAACCAUCUCCCAAGCACCACCUGUUUGCUCGGAGGUUGAUAGAGCUGCGUUGCUUGGUUUCAAGGCCAAAAUAGUGAAGGACACAACAGAGAGUCUCUCUUCAUGGAUUGGAAGGGAUUGCUGUGGAGGAGAUUGGGAAGGUGUUCAAUGUAAUCCAGCAGGGAGGGUCACUACAUUGGCACUUCAAAGGCCUGCAAGGGACAUCAACCUCUACAUGAAGGGUACUUUGUCUUCUUCUCUGGGUAGUUUGCCUUUCUUAGAGGUGCUGGUCAUUAGUGGGAUGAAGCAUAUUUCAGGUCCAAUCCCAGAUAGCGUUUCCAAGCUAACCAGACUGACACAGUUGGUCCUUGAAGACAAUUCCCUUCAAGGUAACAUUCCUUUAAGUUUAGGCCGGUUAUCCCAUCUCCAGACACUCUCAUUGGCUGGUAAUCAUUUAAAGGGGGCAGUUCCUCCAAGCUUAGGGAAUUUGAGAAACCUUGUGAUGGUGAAUUUAGGGAGAAAUUCCUUGUCAGGUCCUAUCCCAUCUACUUUCAAAACUCUUCUUCAUUUGCAGUCUUUUGAUCUGAGCUUCAACUCAUUGUCUGGUUCUAUCCCUGAAUUUAUAGGACAGUUUCGAAACAUUACUUUUAUCGACCUCUCCGAUAACCACUUAUCAGCUCACCUACCCAUUUCCAUGUUCAACUUGGUCAGUCUAUCAUAUCUGUCAUUGAGCCACAACCAGCUCACUGGAACCAUCCCGGACCAGAUAGGGAAUCUUAAGUCUCUCACUAGUCUUUCAUUGAGUAGCAACAAGUUUAUAGGUCACAUUCCAGCAUCUAUUUCAAGAUUGCAGAUUCUCUGGUCCCUCAAUUUAUCCAGAAAUGGAUUCUCUGACCCUUUACCAGAUGUCUCUAGCAGGGGCAUCCCUUCACUUUUGUCAAUAGACCUGUCUUUCAACAACCUCAGUUUGGGGACAGUUCCUAUCUGGAUCAGAGACAGACAGCUUUCAGAUGUAAACCUAGCUGGUUGUAAACUGAGAGGAAGCCUCCCAAAGUUUACAAGGCCGGAUUCAUUGAACUCCGUGGACUUGUCCAAUAAUUUCCUCACUGGGGGCAUUUCAACAUUUUUCACAAACAUGACAAGUCUGCAGAGGCUGAAGCUUUCAAAUAACAUGCUGAAGUUUGAUCUUUCAGAGCUCAAAGUUCCGGAUGGGAUUUCCUCUAUUGAUCUUCAUUCAAACCAGGUAUGCGGCUCUCUCUCGAGCAUUUUAAAUAACCAAACAAGCAGCUUCUUGGAGGUUAUAGAUAUGUCAAAUAAUCGCAUUUCUGGUACGAUACCAGAAUUCACCGAAGGGUUGAGUUUGAAAGUGUUGAAUAUAGGAAGCAACAAGAUUGCAGGCCAGAUCCCAAGUUCAAUCUCAAAUCUUGUUGAACUCGAAAGGCUGGAUAUUUCAAGGAACCUGAUAACCGGCACCAUACCAAUAAGUUUGGGACAAUUGGUGAAGCUUCAUUGGCUUGAUAUUUCCAUCAACAGUCUCACUGGAAAAAUCCCAAUUAGCUUGUUGGGCAUUAAGAUUAUGAGACAUGCAAGCUUCAGGGCAAAUAGACUAUGCGGAGAGAUCCCACAAGGCCGACCUUACAACAUCUUCCCUGCUUCAGCUUAUGCUCACAAUCUCUGCUUAUGUGGGAAACCAAUGCCACCUUGUAGGGGAAAGAAACAGGAGACAAAUCAGUGAAAUGCUGACUCAAAUAUGCCCAAAGUAGAAAUAUUAGUGUUUUUACAGCACUAGCUACAUUUUUUUUUACCUUUUUCCACUAGUAAUUUCAAGCACAAUUUUACUAAUAACUACUA